CACUGCAACUGUGCUACCAUCCUCAAAUCACCCUCACAAAAAUUACAUCCAAAUGUUCAAUCCAAACAGUUACCUCAAACUCCUUAAAUCCCAGCUGCAAAACCCUAAAUUUCAUUCACCCAUUUCACGUAUCCACAAUCGCACAUCAAGAAACCCUCCAAUCAACAACCCUGCAAUUCAGUUCAUCCUAAAUGAAGCUGAAGAAUUCCAAUCCUACAAAACCCAAUUCGCUUCUCCCGAUCAGAAGCAAAAAGAUGAAUCAUUUCCGCCAGAUAAGGAGAAUAGAGAUACAUCCAGCACCCAGAUUUCACACCCGUGGCGUGAAUGGGUUGAUUUAAUGGAGAAGUUGCUGAAAGAUGGAUACUUUGACGAAAUUGGAAACCCUUUUACGAAGAAUAAUGGCGAAUUGGGCAGUAAAGAGGCGAAUUUGAUAAGGACUGCUUCGUUGAAUUUCUCCCGCGACCAUUACCAACUUAUAAGACACUUCUCGCGGAAAGACAUAAUGGUAAUUGCUGGGCCCGGAUGUCCAAGCACAGACAGGAAAGUUGUCAACUCUGGAAAACGGCUAAGGGCUCACUUAGGAAUCGACGAAGGAAAUGUUUGCAGCUCUUGCAUUUUGAGAGGCGAUUGUGAUAGAGCUUACGUGAAGGCACGUGUGGAUGAAGGUCUUAGAACUGUGGACGUUAUGCGUUUUUUACUAACGUAUGGUCUUGAUCCCAUUAUUGGUUCGGUGGAAAACAAGCCAUGCUUAAAGAAAAGUGUUAAAGAAUCUGUAAGAACAUUGUUGAAACAAAUGGCGGGCAUUAGGGUCGAGGGGCAUGAUAGCGAACCACCGAAAGUCAAAACUCGAGAGUUGACCCAAGAAAACGACGUUGACCAAGAAAGGAGUCGAGUUGAUGUUCCCAUGAAGCAAGGUGAUUGGAUUUGUCCCAAAUGCAAGUUCCUUAAUUUUGCCCGAAAUGUCAAGUGCUUGAAGUGUAAUGUCUUCUUCGAGGAAAGGCUGAAAAAAUUAGCAGAAGAACAGGAGGACCUUCCGUUGAAGAAAGGAGACUGGAAAUGUGACAAAUGCAAGUUUUUGAACUUUGCGAGAAACACGAGGUGUUUGCAGUGCCAAGAGAAGCCUCCGAAGCGGCAACUAAAUCCCGGGGAGUGGGAAUGUGAUUCGUGUAAUUACGUCAACUUCAGAAGAAACAUGUUAUGUCUGAAAUGCGACCACAAGAGACCAAUUGCAUCCCAACACGUUUACGAUAAUCUACAGAAUCAUCAUCAAACACAGUCUUGGUUCGGACAAGAGAAGCAAAGUAAGUAUGUGUAUAGUUACGAUGAUUCGUUGAAAUUUGUCGAAAGUGAAAGUCAAGAUGAGUCGAGCUCAAGGAAUAACGGGCCCGAUUUUCUGGACUUUCCGGUAAUUGGAGGUAAGAGCGGCUUUUCCAAGAGUGUCCAAAAUCAAGAAUCACUGAAAAUGGAAAUAAUCGAGAAAAGCCGAACUGUCGGUUGUGAUAAUGACAAAUAUAACCCUAGCAUAAUUCGUGGGACGAGUGAAUCUCUUGCAUGUGAUGAAGAUGAUGAUGACAUGGCUGAAUGGUUUGAAGGUAGAAGAAAGUCAAUGCAUCCAGAAAUGGGUUCUGAAGAAUCAUCACGUGUUGUCGUGCCGAGGAACUUCCGUUUAUUGGAAGAGCUAGAGAGAGGAGAGAAGGGAAUAGGCGAUGGAACUGUUAGCUACGGAAUGGACGAUGCUGAUGAUUUGUACAUGCAAUCUUGGACUGGUACCAUCAUUGGUCCUCCUAAUACCGUACACGAAGGGCGCAUAUACCAAUUGAAGCUAUUCUGUGGGAAGGAUUAUCCAGAUAAUCCGCCAAGUGUAAUGUUCCAGACUCGGAUUAAUAUGAGCUGUGUUAAUCACGAAACCGGUGUCGUCGAGCCUCGUCUCUUCCCCAUGCUUUCUGAUUGGCAAAGGGAGUAUACAAUGGAGGAUAUAUUGAUGCAGUUAAAAAAAGAUAUGAUGUCACCCCAAAACCGUAAAUUGACUCAGCCUCCUGAAGGAAAUGAGGAUGCUAGAGUUGACCAAAAGGGUAUAGUGCUGAGAUGUUGCAUCCUCUAAAAUAGGUACAUAUAUAUAUAUAUUUGAACUGUGAAAUUCCAGGUAACAUGUUGGGUAUUUUAGUAAUAUAUUUAUAUAUAUACUUGGUUUAAUUUGAAGAAAUGUAAUCUAAGUAUCUGCAUUGUGUAUUUAUGUGACAAAUUUAUAUCUGCUAUUACUGAAUUUGGCUGAAUGAUUUAUUUUUUAUUUACAAGAUUAGUUAUCCAAUUAAUAAAUAUUAAAUAGGAAAGCUCUUCCUCAUUUGUGAAGCAAAAGGCAACAGUGGGAGACCAGAGUCAAAACUCCAAAGCUUGAUUAGGCAGAUGAUUAAAGCUUUAAGCAAUUGUGUUUAGGGUGGGUCCCACGUUUCAUUUGAUAUUACUCCUCUGCAUUAUGAUUAUCCGUUAUCCGUAGUUACUAAAAUUCCCCCGGUGUUUGUUUUUGUCUUACACCGACUCACUUAUGGUGUAAUUUUUUGCGGUAUCUUUUUGAUUUCAGUUAAUAUUUCCUGAAAAA